AAAUUCAUUCGGUCGCAGAGCCGAUUGGAUUAUUUUUCGGAAUCAAACCCAAUUGGAAGUGCGAAUCGCUGAGGCGCUGCAAUAGAAAACAGAAAGAGUCGCGCGAGUGCCGAAAGUGAUUUGUUUUUUUUAUGGUUUAGUGCUUGUUGUGUGCAGAUAGGAAAGGCAUAUUCAGACAAAAUCGUUGUCGUUGUCGCUGCCGUUGUCGUUUGUCGCUGUCAUUUGACUUCAUUCCAGAGUUAGUUUCGAGUUCGUUUCGUAUUUGUGCCGCUGCGGAAAAGCCAUCGCCAUAGCUAUCGCCAUCGCCACCCCCAGAAUUAGGGGUUGCAAAAUUUCCGCAGCCACAGUGUAGCCCCCGUCCCCGUAGCCGUAGUAGCAGCGGUGGAAAAGUCGGAGAAAAGUGCACACUCCACGGUAUACGCUGCCCGCUCCCGCUCCCGCUGAGUAAACACUGCCCCCCUCCCCCCCAAGACCAGACCAGACCAAAACAGAGCAGAGCAGCUUCGGAACGGAAGGGGAAUCCUUGAGAGAAUCCUUUGCGCGUGCCAUGCGUGACCUCGGCACCAAAAUGGCCGAGCUUAAAUUCGAGGCUCCGUUGGCAAAGUUCGAGGAGACGGACGAGUGGGGCGGCUGCGACUUCAUCUCCAACCAGAAUGCCCUCAACGACACGCUCAAUCUGAAUCUCAAGGAUCAGGGAUCCGCCGCCGGCGUCGGCGGCAAGCCAGACGCGGCCAAGCUGCGUCUCCUCGAGGAUGCCGUACGCGAUGCGCACGUAAGCAAGAACGGCGGCGGCAGUGGAGGAGCUGGUUCCGGCUCCAUCAGUCCCAACUGCAACACUAUGCAGGGUGGAACUGUCCUGGAUUUGGGCCUCUCCGAUGUGGGCCUGGUGCCCGGCGAGGGCGAGGUGCUUGGCAUGGACAAACGUUCGAUGGCCGGCGGCGAUAAUGUGGACAAUUUCACGGAGACCUUCGGUGGCAGCCUGGAGGAUCUGGUCAACACAUUCGACGAGAAGAUCACCAAGUGCUUCGGCAACUACGAGGCCAACGUCGAGGAGCUGGCUCCGGUGCAGGUGCGCAGCCAGGAGGAGAUCAUGAACGAAUGCCAAAUGUGGUGGACCAUCACGGGCAACUUUGGCAAUAUACUGCCCAUCGACUGGUCCAAGUCGUACACCCGUCAGAUGCACAUGCCCACCUUGAACCUGGGCCAGAGUCAAACCAAGCAGCAGCAGCAGGCGCGUAACCAGCAGCAACAGCUGCUCCAUCAGAGCCACCAGGCGAAUUCACACAGCAAUGGUUUGGGCUCGGGAUCGGGCCUGGAUGCCCAGACACCCGGAGAUGAGUUCAACGAUUUGACCAGCGAGGACGAGGCGGUGGCCAAUGACCUGGACAUGCAUGCCCUGAUCCUCAACGGCCUGAACAGCGAUCUCGACGAUCAGCCAAUCAAGACGGUCGAGGAGGUGAUCAAGGAGAUUGAUGACAUCAUGGACGAGGCAGGGAGCCCGCUGGACGAGCCGGAGACCUGCGAGUCGGAGGUUAUUGAGAAGGCGCGUGAGGUUCUCGGGGCGCCACUCUAUGCGGAAAAACUGCAAUAUCUGACCACGACACAGCUAAACGAGCUGUAUAUGGAGAUGGAGGUGCUGAUCCAGGAGCUGAGCGAGACGCUCAUCAAUGAGCUGGCCCUGCGCGACGAGCUGGAGUUUGAGAAGGAGCUGAAGAACUCCUUCAUCUCGCUGCUCCUUGCCGUCCAGAAUAAGCGACGCCAGUACCAUGUGGAGAAGAAGCGCGGCAAGUUUCAAGGUCCAGAGCCCAAGUACUUGACCACUGUCAUUCCGUAUCAUCUGGAGAACGGCACGCCCAAUAAUCAGUCACUGCAGGUCCUGAUUAAAAUUCUCAAGGCCAUCAAUGAGGACAGCCCCACGGUGCCCGCCCUCCUCACGGACUACAUACUGAAGGUGCUCUGCCCCACAUAAGCGCCAGCGCCGCCGCAGCCAUAGUCGCCGAGGAAUCCCAGCUAUUAUCGCUCUAUCUCUCUGUCUGUGUUUAUAUACAAUUAUACCGUGCAUCUAUAUACAAGAACACAACACAACACAACACACACACAGCAUACACCUAAUUUAAUGAGUAUAGUUCGUACUUUAUGUUAUUAUUCAAAUGCAAACCGUGUAACUUCUUCCCCGAGCAGGAGAAGAUUAAGCACAGGCGGGCUCGAUAGAACAAAUAUGCAAUAAAAUAUAUACAUGUAACACACAUAUUAUAUAGACACAUAAAACAUAUAUCUUACGAAAUAUUUAUGGAGAGAGCGCGCUAAAGCUAUAGCCAGCCAGUCCUCCCAAGGCAAUAAUACUCACUUCUCCGCCUCUAUGUAACUCUACCAAUAAGUCGAAUCUAAAAAGAAGACGUUUGCUCUAAAGGCGACUCCAACUAAGCUUAAUAUAUACAUAUAUACGCUGUGUGUGUCGCUUGAUCGGGUUAUUUACUGCUUGCAUUAUGUUCGGCAGCCAAUCCAUAGUUUGUACAAUAUGUAACUUGUGUGUAAUAUAUAUUAUAUAUGACUUGAUUGUAAGAAUCCGCCUGCCGCCGUUUCCAAAUGUGUGUUCCGAAGACGGGGAAACAAUGUCAGGAUCCGAAUCCGCUCUAAGUUUCGUCACAUCUAAUUUACGAAAGUUAUAUUGUUUUUUUUUUACUAUUUUUAUUGUUUACUCUUUUUGCUCGAGGCCAUAAAACGCGUUCUGUUUUUAAAUGUUUUGUCAAAUGUAAUUGCUGGAAACAAGAAACGAGGAAACAUAAGUGUAAUUUUAAUUUGCAUAGAAAACGCUGUGUUAUUUACUUUUACCAAACAAGCAUAAAUACAAUUAAUUAUAACGAUACAAAAAUAAUAAAAAUAUAUACAAACAAACAAAAAAAAUCUUAAAAAAAAAAAAAAAAAAAAAAAAUCAGUCAGGCGCACAGUUGCUCUUCUUUUUAUUAUAAAUUCAUAAUUUUCCUUUACUUUUUAAGCUACAGACACAUUUACAUUUACAAUUCAUAAAAAAAAAAAUAAUAAGAAUAAGAAACAAAAUUAAGGUAAACCUGCAUAUAUAUAUAUAAAUAUAUAUUGCAUCCAGUCAAGUCCAAAUCGAACCACACCUUACAUAUAUC